AUGUCACGGCCGCCGUCAGCACGUCCAAAAACUUCGACAGGUCGUGCAGCUAGUGCAGCUCGUCGAGCUGCUGCCGCUGCUCCACCCGACCAGGCAGUCGGAAACGGCUCACUACCAACAGGCGAACGACCACCUUCAAGAAUUUCAGUGUCACGUGCAGGGGUUCCUGUUAUGCCGCCACCGCCAUCACGAUCAGGGAUCGAAUCCAGAAUCGGAACUCCACAACAUCGACUCGGAUCCUCUCAGCAGCGAAUUGGAUCAGCAAUGGCUGAUCGUCCGUCCACAGGAAUGGCGCGUCCACCUACCGCCAUAAAUCCAACUAUUCGUCCUAUAACUCAACAAGGUCUCAGCGGUGGCAGAGCAGUAAGCCGACUUGGCACAGGGAGCACAAGACAAGUACACGACAAAUCGUACUACAUGGGAUUGCUGAAAGCCAAGGCGAAUCAGCUAACCGCGGAAAUAGCCAGACUCGAAGAAGUCUACCAAAAAGGGCUGCGUGACCGUGACGAACUGGAGGCAUACGAGCAAAGAGCAAAAGAAAGCGCCAUGGAGCUAAAGGAGAUGCAAGGAAAGUUGAUUGACUUGAACAUGAUUAUCGAUAAUGUGCAUUCCAACCGUGACAUAAGCGACGUCGAAGCGGAAACCCGUCGAAUUAAGGAAAGUGCUGAUGAGAUUGAAGCAACAGUACAGGAACUUUUUAAUGAACGCCAAGCUCGCGAACGAGAAGCUGAAGAACUGAUGGCAGAGAUAGAAGAACAGAAACGUCUGAAUGAAGCUGUAAUGGCUGGAAUGGACCCAAGUAUCCGUGAACGCUAUGAGGAGUGCAAAGAGAAGAAUGAAAAAUUAAAAGCUCAAAUAGAAGAGAUGCAGCAAGAAAUCGAUAAAUUGGAUGAGGAAAUCGAUCAGCUUGAGUUGGAACUCAGUAAUUCACCACUAAGAAGAGAAGCGGCACAACUGCGUCAAGCUCUCAUGGAGCUGAAUGCGAAAAAAGCUGCAUUAAUAGCGGAAAAGGAAUCGCAAGAAACACCCGAACAGAAGAAACAAAAGCUUAUCGAAGAAAUGCGUACAAAUAAUGAGGAUAUCCAGAGAAUGGAAAAACAAUUAGAGAAACUCAACGAAGAGAUCAACAAUGCUCGUGAGGAACUUCAGGAGUUAGAUUCGGCUACUAGUGAGACGUUGGCUAAAAAUAGCGAGAGAUAUCGUGAUUUACUGUUGAAAGAAAAGGAAUAUGACGAAUUCCUGAAUGGUUUCGACGAACAGAAAGAGGCACUCACACGUGAACUGGAUGGAUAUGCUGAAAAUAUUGUUCAAAUAUUGCGGAAUAUCUCGUUGAAUCUUGCACAGACAGAUAAAGAGCCAAACAUCGCUGAACAGGAUGUCGAGGAACUGCUCAAAGGGAAAGAAACGGUAGAGGAAUUACAAGAAAUAUAUAUGCGACUGCAACAGGGUAUGUUUCUGCAAGAAGCUAUGGAAAAUCGUCUUAACUCUGAAAUUGAGACGUUGGAGAAGAAGUUGGCCGAGAUGGAAGAAGAAUCAAAGAAGUUCGAUGAUAUGGAUCGGCUUGAGGAAGAAGCGAAGGAGAAAGCUAAGAAGCUAGAGCAACGCCGUGCAGAGCUGGAAAAAGAAGUACCGGAGCUAGAAGAGCACGUUCAAAACCAAACGAAACGAUUAAAUGAACUUCAAGAGCAAUUGAACAGUAAUCCUGAAUAUGUGGCGUACAAGGCACAACAAAAGAAGCUGGAAAUGUUGAGAGAGGAGAAUGCUCGACGAAGAGCAGAAAUUGAAGCACGUGAAAAAGAAACUAACUAUGAACCUGUAAAGGCAGAGGUCCGACGAUUACGUAAGCUGUACAACGAUCAUCUUAUAGCCAAACUAGCAAACAAAUGA